GGCCCGGACAGCCGUGCAUGUGGUGGGAGGGGCGGACAGAGCUGAAGCAGCGGCAGUCCGGGCUCCAACAUCCUCUCUGCGAAGUCUCACUGCCCCCCACCCCCCUGCUUCAAAAUCCUCCAGAACCCAAAUCUGCUCCAUGUGCUUUUUUUUUUCCUUCUUUUUUUUUUAACGGCCCAUCACGUAGACCCGAGGCGGCGAGGCGAGGUGGAAGUGAAGGCUACAUCGAAUUAGCCGCGCGGAGGCUGCUUUCUGGAAGUUUUUCUCCUUCGCCCCGGUACAGUAAAGCAGGAAAAUUGCUUGGUGUGGCUGUAUUGGUGAGAAGGCUCGGGAGGAGGGGAAACUGCGGGAAAUGAUGACUGCAAAAGAAACGGCGGCAGAGAAGAUAAUAACAGAUGCGAUGGCUAAUCCUUCUCCAGCAAAGAGCAUGGGAGACCCUGGAAUCACCCCGCUGUCUCCUUCACAUACUCAGCAAAACGACACAGACCAGGUAGCGUCAGAGCCGUCCUUCGUGGUGGUGGUUGCCAUUGACUUUGGCACCACGUCCAGCGGUUAUGCCUACGCCUUCACUAAGGAGCCCGAGUGCAUUCACACCAUGAGGCGUUGGGAAGGCGGGGACCCUGGUGUGUCCAAUCAGAAGACGCCAACCACCAUCCUGCUGACUCCAGACAGGAAGUUCCACAGUUUUGGCUACGCGGCUCGGGACUUCUACCAUGACCUGGACCCCAGCGAGUCCAAACAAUGGCUCUAUCUGGAAAAAUUCAAAAUGAAACUCCACACCACUGCAAAUCUGUCCAUCGACACAGACCUCCACGCAGCCAAUGGGAAGCGAGUGAAAGCUCUGGAUAUCUUUGCAUAUGCAUUAGCCUUCUUUAAGGAGCAAGCACUGAAGGAGCUGAGUGAUCAGACAGGCGGAGAAUUUGACAACAAUGAUGUGAGAUGGGUGAUCACUGUUCCUGCCAUCUGGAAAAUGCCUGCAAAACAGUUCAUGAGGGAAGCUGCCUAUAAGUCUGGUCUGGUGUCCCGUGAGAACCCAGAUCAGCUGAUCAUCGCCUUAGAACCAGAGGCGGCAUCAAUCUAUUGCCGCAAGCUCCGCCUCCACCAGAUGGUGGACCUGGGCACCCAUAGCACCCAGAACGGCUGCAGCCCCACUGACAACGUGGGGGGUGGAAUGACCCAAGUUUCUCCCGGUCAUGCAGCAAAGGAGCAUGUUCGGCGCAACCGGCAGAGCCGCACCUUUUUGGUGGAAAAUGUCAUAGGGGAGCUUUGGUCGGAGCUGGAAGAAGGUGACCGAUAUGUGGUGGUGGACUGUGGCGGGGGAACAGUGGACCUGACUGUCCAUCAGAUCCGUCUUCCAGAGGGACAUCUAAAAGAGCUCUACAAGGCCUCAGGUGGUCCCUAUGGCUCGAUCGGGAUUGACUAUGAAUUUGAGAAGCUGCUCUGUAGGAUCUUUGGCCAGGAUUUCAUUGACCAAUUUAAGAUCAAGAGGCCGGCUGCCUGGGUGGACCUGAUGAUUGCGUUUGAGUCGCGAAAGAGGGCAGCAGCCCCUGACAGGAGCAACCCCCUCAACAUUAACCUGCCCUUCUCCUUCAUCGACUACUACAAGAAGUUCAGGGGCCACAGCGUGGAACACGCCCUGCGCAAAAGCAAUGUGGACUUUGUUAAAUGGUCGUCUCAGGGGAUGCUGAGGAUGAGUCCAGAUGCUAUGAAUUCUCUCUUCAAGUCCACCAUAGACCACAUCAUCCAACAUCUCACGGAACUCUUUGAGAAGCCAGAGGUGAGUGACAUUAAGUUCUUGUUCCUGGUGGGAGGUUUUGCUGAGUCCCCCCUGCUGCAGCACGCUGUCCAGGACAUGCUCCAGGGCCGCAGCCGCAUCAUCAUACCCCACGACGUUGGCCUCACUAUCCUAAAGGGUGCUGUGCUGUUCGGCCUGGACCCCAGCAUCAUUAAAGUCCGCCGCGCGCCCCUCACAUACGGGGUGGGCGUCCUCAACCGCUUCGUGGAUGGCAAGCACCCGCCGGAGAAGCUGCUGGUGAAGGAUGGCACGCGCUGGUGCACCGACGUCUUUGAUACCUUCAUCGCUGCCGACCAGUCGGUGGCCCUGGGUGAGAUGGUGAAGCGGAGCUACACGCCGGCCAAGCCCUCUCAGCAGGUCAUCGUCAUCCACGUCUACUGCUCCGAGAAGGAGAAGGCGGGCUUCAUCAGCGAGCCGGGCGUCAGGAAGUGUGGGACACUUCGCUUGGAUGUAAGCGGAACGGAAAGCGCAGCGCCGCGCCGCGAGAUCCAGACGCUCAUGCAGUUUGGUGACACAGAGAUCCGGGCCAUGGCAGUGGAUGUGUCCACCGGACGCACUGUUAAAGCUAGCAUUGACUUCCUAAGCCACUGAGAAGAGAGCAAGGGAGCUAAUGUUCCAAAAUAGUUGGAAACACACACACACACACACACACUAACACACAAACACACAUACACACACACACACACACACACAAAAUGGUUAAUGAUGAUAAAUCUCAAGGCUCCGUCACUGUGUUUAAGUGUGGGUGAUAGACGGUUGGAAUUAAAGUGUUAAGUUCCCCUUAAACCCGGGCUGACUGUUCAACUGUAGAAUUCACGUUAAGAAAAGACUGGUCGAGGUCAGUGUGUUUAAGGUCCGUCGCCUCACUCCAACCCUGUAGUCUGUUUGCUGCAGAGCUCUAUAGUGUUGACACACUCAUAACAAAUCAUAGCAUACACACCCCACGCUGAGGCUGAGGUUGAGGCUCAGCCUGAGGUUGAGGAUGGGGUUGAGGCUGAGGUUGAGGCUCAGCCUGAGGUUGAGGCUGAGGCUGCAGCCGUGGAGUCAGGUUGAAACUGCUGCUGACAGGAAGGAAAAAGGCUAAUUUACUUGGUAUUCACCUCUCAGCCAUAAUGUAUGACAGGAUAGCUUUUCAGAUUCUCUCCCUGUCCAUUCUGGAGGAAGAAAAAAACAAGACAUACUGUAUAAUAUUCCAACACUAACAUGGUGGAUAGACAUUCAAUAUGCAUCUUUACAUGCUUUACUUUCUUUGUCAGAUCACAGCAGACCAUUGUGCAGUAUAUCUGUGCACUACAAAACAUCAUAAUGGAUGGAAGGACUUAAUACUCUUCAUGAGCUCCAAAAAACGACAUCAGCUCCUCUACACUACAGUUGUGAAGGUCAUGCCGGUGGUUUUGUACAAUUCAGCCCUUUACACUUGGUGUUAACACUGCUGCCAGCCAUUUUACAAAGCAUACCCUUUUAUUUUCCAUUGCAGAAAACCAGCAGUUCUAGUGAUCCACUGCAGUGAACAUGUCAGCUUCAUUUUAGUUGGUCUAACCCUCAAAGUCUACAAGAGUUUGCCUAAAUAUACGGGUCUAAUUAGACUGAGUAGGUACAUCCAGUUAGCUUCCUCUAAAUGAUUUGCUUGUUGAUGACAAGGAACUACUAGCCUAACAAGCUCUGUGGCUGUGUAGAAGAUAUCGGCCAUGGAUGACGAUGUCUUUUUUGAUUUUUGGCAACUUGGUGGCAGUGAAACAAGCUGUAAAAAAAACAAAAGUUGAUAUGGUUACCAUGGAGACGUGGAGCAACAUUAGCAUUCAUGUAGAGAGUUUGUACUUGACACAUGCUCAAGGGUCCGGGGGUCCUCCGCCAGAAAAAUGUUUUCGAUUUGAAUCCCAUUUCCUGCAUUUCUACAUAUAUUUAUAAGGACUAUGGUGAUACAACAUCCAGGAAAUAAUUAAGUUGACCAUAAUUAUAAAUUAUGCCAACAUGAAAAGUACAAAACCAUGUAUAAGAACUAAUUUGAAAGUGGGGGAUUUUGAAGUGUGGGGGAGAAGUUGGACAUGUCCCCCCUGUCCCCAGUGGAAAUUACAUCCUAGCACGUACUUACAGAAUCAUAACUUUUAACAAGGUGUUAGUAGCCUGACUAGCUCUGUAUGGCUGUUUUGAUUAUGUUGCAUUUCUGCAAUUUUAAAUGAUGCUUGUCCUGCAGUUAAACAGCUGUCCAGUCUCCCAGUAUAAAUAUACAAAACAGUACAGAUGGCCAUCCGCUCUUAUCAUAUAAAGAAUCCAUACGUGUUAACAAAAGUACAUUUUUCAAUACUCUGAAGCAUGUACAAUAACGAUAACCCUACCUGGGCGACAGUCUUAAAGCUGUUGGCAUACUUUGGAGAAUAACCGACAAUAAUGACAAGUAUAUCUGAUUUUUAAUCAAUAGGCUCAUUCAUACAAAACCACCAGGAUGUUCCUUUACGAUUACCCACAGUUAAAUCUGAAUCCAAGAAUGUGAAAAGUGCGGAAAAGCAAGUACAGCUAUGAAAUGCGCUUACCGUAAUUGUUGCCUUUAUUUGUUUAUGCUAUUAGAUGUGGACAAAAUGCCACUUGCCCACCUGGAUGUUUGGAAUCCAGGUGUGAUUCUGCACAAAGGUGCAGACCCGUUGAGACAAACAAUGAAGUAUCUUUAUUUCUGUAAAUACAGUAUUUAAAUAUUGUACAGAUUUUUAGCGUGGUUUCUGCAGCUUUAGAACCGUGUGUAUGUGUGUGUGUGUGUGUGUGUGUGUGUGUGGUGUGUUCUUUCACAUGGACAUCUCUCACCAUGUUUGUUUCUCACCAGCCAUAGCAGGAGAGGCCGAGGCAGGUUGGACUGCUCCUCUCAGUCAGAGUGAGAGAUCGAUGUGUCGCCUGUUACUCUUCUAUUAUUUUUUUUUUGCAAUCACAACGGAAACUUGAAUGCCUCCGUCCUUAAAAAAGCAUUUCAAAUUUGAAAUGGUAGCAGUAUCUAAAUGUGUCUAGUCCCAUUUCCACCCCCCCUGCAGUAGUGUAGAGUAGUAAUGAUUUAUUAUGCAUUACAUAUUUAGUGAAGAAAUAUUAAGACAACAUGAGCCAUUUCAUUUUGAAAUUGUUGUUUCAGUUAAACCGAGACUGAGGCAUAGUUAGCAAUAAUCAUACAAAUAAAAAGCCGCAUUUCCAGGUAAAUAUGAACGGAUUAAGUUAAAGUGUGCCUAGUACGACCAAAAUGUGAUGUCAAGAUUCUUUCACCCCAUCAGAGAAUUCAUAAAUACAUUAUCACCCUCCAUAUGCUCAGCUUUAUACAUGUGUGACCUCAGAUGGAAUCACCGAGCAUAACACGGAUUGUAAAUCCAUCCGAGGCUUUUGCCACAUCUAAAUGUUUAAUAUUCUAACAUUCUUGUGAAAUAUUUCACAGGUUAAAUUAAAGGGCAUUGUUGUGCGUUAUCUCUUCUUUUAUUCAACCUCUGCUGGCGGCCAGAAGGAAGAACACCGGCUGAAAAAAUGAACUUGCUAAUGUCGUGACCUCACCAUGCAGGGGGUACAUGUGGGUGUGGCUGCACUGUAAAAAAAAAGUAUUUCAUUUUUUUGUCAGCAGUACAUGUUAUAUAAUGGUUUAAGAGACUUGAAACAUUGCCAGUUGAUAUUAGUUGUUAUAAAAACUUGGGAAUUGGUUAAAUUAUUUUGUGCCUCAACUAUUAUGGCAGCACAAUCCAGAAAGAGUUGUGACAAAUAAUUCCUGCAAUUAGUUCACGCGUUAUGUCAGGUUGACACAACUAAGCACUUUUUACAGUGUAGUUUCCUCCAUGACAGAAACGCCUUCGACAGUAGGCUUAAUAAAAUAGGAAUGUGUGACAGCUAAUAGGAAAGCUUCAUCCAUUUUGGUCAACAUUGUCAAAGCAGUUGGGUCAUAGCAUGCUUUAAAGGUAGUACAGUAUGUCACAGCCCCCCCCCCCCCCCCCCCCAGUCAUCCAAGAACGCUCUAGUUGGCCUUUGUAGGCUCAAAGCAGUGCAAUAAUUAGUGCUUUUAGGGUACAGUUUUUCUUCAUGAUGUGACCAAAGUAGUUGCAGUGCUACUAAUUGCUGCGUAAAGUGCUGGUUGUCCAGUUGUUUGUUUAGAAAAGGUCAAAAAGAAAUUGCUUUGGAUGAUACAAAAAGCAAUUAGUUUGAAUCUUACUAAGACCAUCAGAGUUGAAGCCAAACUCCCCAAACCUACUUUGCCUCCGAGAGUGAUUCCACUGAUUGCACUGAUUCCACUGAAACAAACAGAUUUUUGUGCGAUUCUAAAUGCUUGUGUGAUAGUGGCCUUGCACAUGCUACGGCGCGUUAGCAUGCUAAGUUUGCUUUAUUUGACACGGAAUGCUGCACGUCCUUCCUGCUGGGGCAGUUACAGUCGGACAUUUUCAGUUUAAUGCGUAUACCUGACCAUGAGUGUCUCCAUAACACAAUUCAAGGAGGCAGAUGUUGUUCAUAAGACUUAGGUCUCUAAGCAGCUGAUCGGUGUGGAGCUAGACACACCCCCCAUCCCGUAAAGAAGCAACAUAUCAUUGUGGUAAAUACUGGAAGAAUAACACAGCUCCUGUACAAAGCUUUGCUUGUUUGACUCAAGAGAAAGCAAAGUAAUCUCCGGGUCAUUGGUAUGGACCAGCACCCCCACGGGUACAUUAGUACUGUUGUGCUAUAGUGCUUCCAGGAUCUUGAUAUCUAAAUAAUACAAUCAAAUAGCCAGUUUCUGAAGCCAUUUUCUUAGAUUCUUUAUUUGAACGGUGAAUCAAGGCUGGUCUCGCUUUUCAGUGUCGAAGUACAAAGUCACACAAGAGACUGUCUCCGGCACCGUCUGCACUGCAUGUUUUGCAUGUGUCGCAUAGGAAUGACUUAACAGCAGCAACAAGUAACAAGCUGACGUUGAUUACUAAUACACAAAGUCAAGGCUACCCGCUGAUGAGGAUGAGGAUGGUAGUGUUUUCUGGAAGAAGCUGUGUGCUCCCCGGCCUCGCCUGGCUGGGCGGUGCACCCCCCCCCUGCUGCUUUCUGAGCUGAUGUAGUUGAUGUUAACGCUCACAGCUGCCAUGGCAGAGCGGCCCUUCACAUACUUUACUGAUAACUAACCUAAUAACCUUAUUCCUUCUACACAUCUCUGUACUCACAAAGGACUGACGGAAAGUGGAAGGAUUUAAUAACACCGUGUUUAUAUUGUUUCUUUGGUGUAAUGUGUGCAACCUUGAGUAUUAUGUGGUGCACAUGAUACUGGUAAUAAGUAGCAGCUUUAUACUUAAUAAAGCUCAUAGGAAGACAUGCUUAGCUGACAUUAGCCUUCCAUUCACGACGUGUCAGGCAUUUGACAUUUCAGCGGAGGUGUCAGAUGUCGGCUCAGUCUGAAGGGAAGAGGUUCAAUGGAUGUGUUUUCAGGUAGCAGUCUAGCCAGCUUGCAUCAUGUACAAGUGUCUGCUUAACACUAUCUAAAAUAUACAGUAUACUCAAAAAGUCUUACUGCUAGAAUGACUGAGCUUAUAAUGUAGCUAGGAUCAUCUCAGCCUCUUGGAAACGCAACACACUGUACACUUAAAGUUCUUUAUUGAGGAUGUAAAGGAGUUUUUUUUAUAUUGAGUUACUUAUAUGUCUUGUUCUUUUGCAAUUUCACACAAUAAUGGGUGUAUUUUGAUCAAUGCCAGGUAUUCACUGUCAGACUGUCACCAAUAAAAUGUAUGUGUAUUUCAAAGAA